CUCAGGAAGAGGUCUGCUAAGUCACUCUGCCACAGAAGACAGAAGUGGGCUGUCUUUCUAGAAAAGUGAAAAUAGUCCAAAUCAAUAUACAGCAGCAUGGUAAAAACGUUUUACUUUCACAGUGUCUCCAUAUGUUUUUUUUUGUUGUUUGUUCUUUUUUACUCCAUUUGCGUUCUGUUGUGUGCUGGCAUCAAAAUGAAUUAAAGCGAUGCAUAAGAGUGCAGCAAAGACUUGCUGAUUGUGGCUUAAACAUAGGAAAUAAAGAAAGCUGAGUGUUUUUUCCUGUGGACAUGGGAGAACUGUAAAGUGAGGAGAGAGCUUCCUCCCUGUUCCCGCUGUUAAUUAGCAUGUCAGCCUGUCUCUCCUUCUAAAGGUUUCCUCUUUUACUGUGUCAUGUUUUUUUUCUCUCCUCCUUUUCAAUCAUUUUUACUGUAAAGAGCUUAAGCAAUGUCUCUGUUCUCUCUCCGUUUUCUAUUUAAUGUCUUUUCUGUCGGCCAACCUGCCUUCCCAAGAGGACUUUGACAGACAUAUUUGUUGAGCAGCAGCCGGCACAGACCCAGAGCUACAGAGCCUUUAACUGAGGCACCUGGGCCAGCAUGGCAGACCCUGAGGGGAAAAUGAGACCAUACAAUGAACAUGAUGUAAGCGGAGCUUUUUGAAACUUAGUGCAUGAAGUGAACACUGUAUAUGUUUCAUAAUAAAAGUAGACACCGAAAGUAAGGAUGGUGACUAUUUUAAGCAUUUGCUUAAAUUGUUUCUUUUAAGCAGGAAUAUAGAGCGACUGUGCACAUUAGAGAGGCAGUAACCAAAGGGGACGAUGGGUGUUUUAUGUAUGCAAUUUUUAUAAAAAAAAAGUUAAAGCUUUAAUUUAUUUUAUAUGCAGGGAAAUGCCUGAAACAUAACCUGUACAAGUGACGAAGGUAAUUGUCACAGUGUAUUUUUUAGAGAAUAUUACUCAACGUCAUACUGUACCCUUUUGGGAAAGACGUUUUAUAUUGCCCUUGAGAGUUUCACAUUUUUAAAAUGUCAGGUUGAAAAGGUUAGUUUUCUUUUGAAGGAGGUAUAAUUUUGACAUUUUGCAUUAUCUAUUUAAACUCUUAAAGUUUUUUUCUGAGGACCAUGAGGUUACUUUUGGGAAUUAAUUAUAUUAUUUAACCUGACAUUUACAUUCAAAUUCUAGCCUCAAUGAUUAGUGCCGUCCAGUUCACUUUCUCUCUUUCUGCUAAACCAGUGCUUCCUAUUUAUUAUUUAUUUUUAUUUUUGGGAUAUAACCAUUUUUGAGAUGUCAUAUUGUAUGUACAAUGUAAUUGUCACUACGUUGUAAUGUGUGUGUGGUACAAAUUUGGCUUUAAAUCGAAGAACAUGACUUCUGCAGUUUGACAGCAUUUCAGGUUUCGACCUAAUGAGAAGUGAGAGGUGUUUUAGUAUUAGUGUUUGGUAGUCAAUUUCUGAACAGUGUAGGCACAAGCCAACAGUUUGGUGACGCCGUCUGAGCCUUUAGCCAUAAUUAGUCUGUAAUACCGGAUACCGUGGUGAAAUGGGGAGGAGGUUUGACAGCAUCAAAAUUUGAAUACCGCCCAACUCUAUGGCACAGAGACGGCAUGAUGCCAGUUGGUUCCGCAUAACCUCCAUGUGCUGUCACAGUGGCCUAUCUUGCCUGGGAGAACAAGAGUCAAUGGAUGACAGUUUUGGCACAGAGAAGGUGAAAAGGUUGAGGCCCACACACUUAAUCUUCAUCAUGGUGGAUGACCAGGGUUACGGAGACAUUGGCUACCAUGGCUCCGACAUCCACACUCCUGUUUUGGACCAGCUGGCGGCAGAGGGUGUCAAACUUGAAAAUUAUUACGUCCAGCCUAUCUGCUCACCCUCUCGCAGUCAACUCAUGACAGGACGCUACCAAAUUCACACUGGACUCCAGCAUUCGAUCAUCCGAUCACGUCAACCGCUCUGCCUGCCCCCGGACGUCCCAACACUACCUGAGCGUCUGGUUGAAGCUGGUUACGCCACACACAUGGUGGGAAAAUGGCACCUGGGCUUCUGUAGGCCAAGCUGCCUACCUACAGGACGUGGCUUUCAGAGUUUCUUGGGCACACUGACUGGCAGUGGGGACCACUUCUCCUAUCGGAGCUGUGACGGGGCUGAAGCUUGUGGAUUUGACCUGCAUGAUGGAGACAGGCCUGCCUGGGAGAUGGCCGGCAACUAUUCCACUCUGCUGUACAUAGAGAGAGUGAAGCAGAUCCUGAGGAGCCACGAUCCCCAUAAACCACUCUUCCUCUAUAUGUCCCUUCAGGCCGCCCACACACCCUUGCAGGUACCAGACCAAUUUUUGCACCGCUAUGAUUCCCAGGUGAAUCGUCUCAGGCGCCACUAUGCAGCCAUGCUGAGCUGCCUGGAUGAUGGGGUUGGACAAGUUGUCCAGGAACUGAGGACUAGUGGGCUCUAUCAAAACUCCGUACUGAUCUACUCAUCUGAUAACGGGGGGCAGCCGCUCUCUGGAGGGAGCAACUGGCCGCUGAGAGGUGGAAAAGGGACCUACUGGGAAGGGGGCAUCCGGGCUGUGGCCUUUGUCCAUAGUCCCCUCCUCAAGAAGAAGGGUGUAGUCAGCAAAGCACUGAUCCAUGUUUCUGACUGGUAUCCCACAUUAUUGGGGCUGGCCGGGGCCCCACAGUCUCACCGUGGCCUUGAUGGUCACGAUGUGUGGGGGGCCAUCAGUGAGGGCCUACCUUGUCCUCGCACUGAAAUCCUUUUCAACAUUGACCCAGUCUCCAGGAAGCCUGGGGAGCCAUAUGACAAGGCGUUGGUACUCAACGGCUUCGGGAUCUGGGACACAGCCGUAAGGGCAGCGAUAAGGGCUGGGGACUGGAAGCUACUGACAGGAAAUGUGGGUGACGGGGACUGGAUACCCCCACAGGCUCUUCCCGGAGGACCGGAACGAUGGCAAAAACUUGAAAAGCGGCGCAGUGAGCUGGGGAAGUCAGUUUGGCUGUUCAAUGUCACCUCUGACCCCUAUGAGAGGUCAGACCUGGCAGAAGCUCGUCCAGAGGUAGUGAAACAUCUGCUGACAAGGUUGGCAGAGUACAAUCAGACAGCUGUGAUGCCCAGAAAUCCACCAGAUGAUCCUAUGGCUGACCCUGAGCUCCAUGGAGGGGUUUGGAGCCCCUGGCUGGGCCUGGAGGGGGAUAAUGGAGGGGAGGAUGGCAGGAAAGGAAGGAUGAAGAUUAAGCACUGCAAAGUAUGCAAAUUAAAAGCCCUGUUUAAGAAGGUGGGGUCACGUCUGCAGAGGAACACCCUGUUUUUCUAAAUGUCUCAUCUAACUAAAUUGAUUACACUAAAGGGUUCAGUAUGCUUCAAAUCAAUCAGGUUGUACAUGUGUUGUAUAAGCACAUCUGAAGGCAAAAUUGUUAAAACCUGUUCCUGAACGCUUAACAUCAGGCCAAAAAGCCUGCGGUGAGAUGCAAUGAAUCAUACAAAUGCGGACAACGGCACAC